AGGUGGUCGGCCUCCCUGUGGUGUCCUCCUCCUCAUCCUCCAGCUGUUUUUACGAGCCAGGAAAAUAGAAGGAGGAAGUGCUGACGCAGCAACAGCCCCCCUUCUCCCACCCCUCCCCCCCAAUAUAGCCGGAGGCUCGAACGCCGGAGUUGGUCAGUGAAUUUCAGAGGACCAGACCGGAAAUGAUGGUUUCCAUGGUAACCCCCGAGCGGGUUGCCGGGGAGAUGACCCCUUUCAGUCUUUUCGAAUCUCCGCUGUAGCGUCACUUCGCAGGCAGAUCCAACAGAUCCUGGACUAUCUGCUGCCAUGAUUCCUGGGAAAUACCGCUCGGUUUCUGGCCGGGCUGCGAACAACGUGAACUGUGGGCUUCAUCUGGUUAUUCAAACUUCAUCCCUUCCUGAAAAAAACAAAGUUGAAUUCAGGAUAAAUAAAGAAGCACCAUCAUUUCCUGGUCGACUCUUACAACAUGACCUUGAAAGGAACUACUCAAGUAGGCAAGGUAUUUUCAGAGAUGGAAGAGUAAUAAGCCCUUCGCCUCGUAAUAAAUCAUCAUGCAUCUCAUCCACAACAAACGUGACAGAACUAUAUGGGCUGGAAAUGAAAACUGCCACAAGCUCCUUAUCAGCAUUUGGAGAUUCUACCAUUCAGACACCUUCCAAGUCCAGAAUCCGGCAGGGCUGUCAUAGUGCUGGCCCAAGUGUAUCUGGUGAUCAUAUUAAUUUGGUGAGUUCAUCAGUGUCAUCAUUUCCCAUUCUCCAACGUUCUUCUGAAGAGAAAAUUCUUUACUCAGACAGGUUGACCCUAGAAAGGCAAAAGCUUACUGUAUGUCCUAUCAUCGACGGGGAAGAACACCUUCGUUUGUUGAACUUUCAACAUAAUUUUAUAACUCGGAUCCAAAAUAUUUCUAAUCUACAGAGACUAAUAUUCUUGGAUUUAUAUGAUAACCAAAUUGAAGAAAUUAGUGGGCUUUCUACUCUGAGAUCUCUCCGUGUCCUUCUGUUGGGGAAAAACAGAAUCAAGACUAUCUCAAAUCUGGAGAAUCUAAAAAGCUUGGAUGUCUUGGACCUUCAUGGAAAUCAGAUUACCAAAAUAGAAAAUGUCAAUCAUCUGUGUGAUCUGAGAGUUUUGAAUCUUGCCAGGAACCAUUUAAGUCAUGUUGAUAACCUUAAUGGACUGGAUUCACUAACUGAACUUAACCUGAGACACAAUCAAAUUACUUUUGUGAGAGAUGUGGAUAAUUUGCCCUGCCUCCAACGUCUGUUUCUCAGCUUCAACAAUAUAUCUACUUUUGAAAGUGUUUGCUGCCUUGCUGACUCUACUUCUCUCUCAGAUAUCACUUUUGAUGGCAAUCCAAUAGCUCAAGAGUCAUGGUACAAACACACCAUCCUUCAGAAUAUGAUGCAGCUGCGCCAACUAGAUAUGAAGAGAAUCACGGAAGAAGAAAGGCGUAUGGCAUCUCUUGUAGCCAAAAAAGAGGAAGAGAAAAAGCGGGAAAGUCAUAAACAGUCUUUGCUUAAGGAGAAGAAAAGGUUAACAAUUAACAACGUAGCUCGAAAAUGGGACUUGCAACAAAAUCGAAUAACCAAUAUUGCUGCAAAUCAAGAUAGAAAAGAUUCUGAGUCUUCUUCUCAGGACCCGUGUCAAAUCGAUGGAAACACCAACUCUGCAUUUCCAGAGGAAACAGGGUCUCUGGACCCAGGGCUCACCAGUGCUUUCCAGGGUUUAACUGUCACAGACACACACCUUGUUGAAGUGGAUGGAGACACACUUUGUCUGUAUGGCUCAGGAGCUCUGGAUUCGCUGGAUCGGAAUUGGAGUGUCCAAACAGCAGGAAUGGUGACAACAGUCUCCUUUACUUUUAUAGAAUUUGAUGAAAUCGUCCAAGUGCUUCCCAAAUUGAAGAUUAAGUUUCCUAAUUCUCUGCACCUCAAAUUCAAAGAAACAAAUCUUGUCAUGCUACAGCAGUUCAAUGCACUGGCACAACUCCGUCGCAUUGACCAGUUAACAAUUGAUCCUCAAGGAAAUCCAGUUGUCAAUUUUACACUUUGGAAAUAUUAUGUACUGUUUAGACUGAGCCAUUUUAGUAUGCAGAAAAUAAAUGGAACAGAGGUGACACAGAAUGAUAUGAUAAUGGCUGAGAGGCUCUUUGGGAUCCUAGCUCAUGUAGCAUCUUCUGAAUUACCCCAGUACCGUCUGAUUUCAAUUCUGGGUGAUGCCAGGAAGAAGCAGUUCCGAUAUCUGCUUGAAACCAAAGGCAAAAAACCUGGCAUUGUCAAUGAAGAAAACAAUGAUAGCAAAAGACUUGUAGGAGAAAACACAAACCGUGCUACACUAAAUUAUACCACAAGAGACUUUUAUAAUGAAAAGCUAGAGGAAAUAAAGGAAAAAAAGAAAUUCUGCAAGAUGUAUAUAGAGGACCUUGUGAAGGAAGCCACAGAAAUCAACAUGAAAAAUGAGGCUCUGCAGAAGCUUUGGCCACAGAUGUUCAUUGAACUCGUUAGGGAUGCCGUCAUGGAAAUCCGCAAUAAAAAUUCUUAUAUGAAACUUUGCCUACAGCAGAUAGCUGAGCAAAAGUAGAAAUGUCUUUUAAUUACA